UAAAGAAGGUCUUGGCGGACAUGUCAUAAACAAGCGAAAAAUGGCUCAGCCAAAAUUUGUAAGGAUUGGGGAUUUUGAAGUUUUUGCUUGGUCAAUAUCUGGAAUUGAGACGUCAGUUGUUGUUAAGAAUCCUGCAGACGGUUUUGUUUGCUGUUUUGAUAUGGGCUGUUCAAGUCGAGAAAAUGUCAAAUGCAAAUCAGUUAUGAUCAGUCAUGGACAUAUGGAUCACAUAUCAUCUGUGCCUCAGCAUAUAAAAAAGCGGGAACUUUAUGGUGCAAAACAAGCCUCCUACUAUGUACCAAAAUAUCUUGUUGAGGAAGUAAAGGAACUUUGCACAACAUAUGCUAAAAUAUGUGAAAACUCAGAAGGUUUAAAAUAUCCAUGCAUUGUUGGGGUAGAUCCAGGUGAUGAAAUUAAGCUUAAUAAAGGUUACCAUGCAAAUAUAUUUCCCACAGUUCAUAGGGUGAAAAGUCAGGGAUACAUUGUGUAUAAAGCAAGAAAACAGUUAAAGGCAGAAUAUCAGGGCCUUUCUUCCAGAGAAAUUGGAGAGAAAAUAAGAGAUGGAGAAACUGUUCACACAAAACCUAUUGUUACACCAGAGAUUGCCUUUACAGGAGAUACAACAUUUCAAGUUUUUACAGAUGAAGUGUAUGUUCCUCCACCAGAUUUGUUUUGCGUGAAAUUACUGAUUGUAGAGGCUACUUAUAUAAAUGAUGACUGCAAUAUUGAAACACGGGUACAGCAGGCUAGAAAAUGGGGUCAUAUACAUUUGUCUGAAAUCUAUGAAAAUGCUCACCUGUUUAAAAAUGUUGACAAUAUACUAUUGAUACACAUGUCAGACAAAUACUCCUGUGAUUAUAUCCAAGAAAAAGUGUUUAAAAACAUUCCAGAUUCAUUAAAAGGAAAAAUUCAUGUGUCCACAAUAGCAAAGGAAAGGUAUUUGUGAUGGUCAAUGUACAUUUAGUAUCAGUAAAAAUGUCUUAAUAUUGCUCAAGAGUAUUGAUUAUUUAACUCACCUGACCGAAGCACAAAGUGCUCAAAGGUGAGUUUUUGUGAUAGCAGUGUCUUCGUCAAUAGUUUGUUGCUGUUGUUGUAAGGACAUAUUUAAUAUCGUAAACCUCUCGACAUAUUAUCAAAAACCACUCAUCAUAUUAUCAUUAACCACUCAACAUACAUGUAUUAUCAUAUUAAACCACUUAUUGAUUUUUUACCAAACAUCACAGGAAUGAUCAUUAGGUGACCCUCUAUAAAAGUUACUUUACAAAAACUAUUUACAAAAUUCAUUUUGAUUUGUUUCCAUAACAACUUUAUCCCUCAUGAACAUGUUAAUUCAAACUGAGUGUGCACAUUUCAUUUUCAUCACCCCAUUCCCAAAUCUUUAUUUUUUUAUUAAUUUUUUUUACACUGAUUUUAACACAUGUUAACUUUGUUAUUUGUAAUAUAAUCAGUUGAUCUGAUUUACUCAUUUUAGGAUGUGAAUUUUUCUGAUGAAAUCUGAUUGGUUUAGACUAAAUUAGUAAUCUCUAAGUGUAAUCACGUUGGUCAAGAAUCCUAUUCGAAACUCCUUAACAGUUCACAUAGAGUGAGACAUCUAAAUUGUUCAACUAGAUCAAUUAACAAAUAAUUAUAAUUUAAAAUUGAAUAAAAAAGUGGAACCUUUGUAGGAUGUAUUUUAAUUUCUAUAUUCAAAUUGAAAGCUUGCAUACUGAACAUGUUGUAAAUAUUAGUGUAACUUGUUUUUAGGAAAAGAAUAUUUAUUAAACCAAAAUAGUGUGCACUAGAUUACAGUGUUGUUACUUAUUUAGGAAAUCACUUAUAUAUAUAUAUAUAUAUAUAUAUAUAGUGUUGUAUAAAACUGAAAGGAAGUGCUGUUUAUUGAUUCCAAGGAAAUGAACUUGACAUAUGUAUAUAGUAGAACUUUUGAUGUAUUUUUACAUACAUUCUGUGUUGUGGCAGAUGUAGGCCACAAAAAUUAGCAUGAUCUACUAGUUAAAAACAUAAAGAUAAUUCAACUUAGUUUAUACAGCAUAUAGUGCACAUUGUCAUUCUUUAAUCUUAACUCUAUAUUCCUUGUUACUUCUUAUGUUAAAGACAUAAUCACAUUGUAAUAUCAAUUUAGUUGGCAUCGGGCAAGUUGAAAUUUAAAAAAAUACAAUUUCUACAGAACGUAGUUAAAAUUGAACCACCUUGCUGACAUUUCUAGAUAGGUAUGGAAGAGUAUUUGAAAAUCCGCUAAUUCUUCUUUUAUGUUGUUUGAUAUUCUAACAUGCUAAUUCUAAUUUUAUUAUAUAAUAAUAUCAAACAUGCUUAAUAAUAUGACAAUAUUUAAAUUAGAACAACAUCUUUUACUUUUAUAUGAAUUUGUAUGUUAUGAUCUUUGUUUCAUUUUAUUACUUGUGAAUGUGCAAUUUAUUUCUCAUAAUACUAUUUACAAUAGAAAUUACAUUCUUUCAAACUUG